UCUUCCCUCUCUCUCGCACUUUGGCUUCCACUGACGCCGGAGUAUGGACGCCGCCUCCGCGCCCGUCUCCGGGGACGGGGAGUGGGAGAUCUGCAACGAUAGAGGCUUCAUCUACAAGCGCCGCCGCCACCGUUUGCGGCAGCCAGCGCAGGCGGAGACAGGCACGAGCUCAUCAGGGGAUACGGAGGCGGAGCAGAGACGGUGCCGUCGUGAUCUGCGGCGACGGUGCCUCCUCCAUCUCAGGGAUCUGUUCCUGAAGGAGCUGGAUCUUUUUCAGCCCCUUGCGUCGGGUCUCGUCGAUCUCCCCCUCGCUAUGCCAACCGAAGCAGCUCCUGAAGCUUCGGAGGCGGCGGCCGAGCCUCCGCCUCCAGAUCCGGGGGAAGAUAUCCGGAAACCCUUAAUUGAUAGCCUCCUUUCUCAGAUGGAGAUUCAAGAAGCGAUUCUUAGGAAGCUCUCAGCGAGCUGCGAUCAUGUGGAGUCGUUGUGCAGGGAGAAAGAAGAGAGGUUGCUGGAAUCUUUAGUGGAGUUGCCGAUUUGGGGAAGCCCUCGUUCUCUUCUGCUCUCAUUAUCUGAAUGAUCUCAAGACAACAUCUUAAUCUUUUACCUCCAUUGGGGAUGCAUGUAUCCUGUACGAUAUGUAUGAUUUGGUUUUUGUUUGCUUGCCGAUUCUUGUGUAUCCAUCUAUUCGUGCCUGAUGCUUUUGGAAGAAACGAAGCAUUUGCUCAUGAAAAAUCACUCCUUUAGGUUUUCUCUACCUCUGAGUUAACUGACCUGCAUCCAUGGCUUCAUUAAGUCUGAAACUUUUUCUUUCAACACUAAACA